AUGUUCCUUAUGGAUGCUCCUCCUCUAGUAGCUCUUCAGACAAAAUGGGAGUCCUUUGGACCAGCAAGGAAUUAUAGAUACCCCGUUUGCUUCCCUGAAUCUGACAGCAGCGUCACCAGAACCUCUGUGAGUGCCAAAGUUCAGAUGAUCAUCAACAACCUGCAAAGCCAAGAGCCUGCCCUGGGUAUGAACAAUGAGUGUGCCUGUGUUAUGCAGAAGAAACAGAAGGGAGAAAAAGGCACCAGUGCCAGAGUCACAUCCAGCACCGCAUUGCUGCGGAAGCAUCCUCAGUACACCCAGUGUGGGUGCCCUGAGGAUUCUGGUGACAGCCAAGUGGAAGAGAAUGUAGAAUUUGGGACUCUCCUGCUGGAUUCUGACAGCGACGAUUCUGUGGACCGAGGUAUAGAGGAAGCCAUCCAAGAGUACUUGAAAACCAAAAGCGAAAGUGCCCAGUCGUUGCCAAGGAAUGCAGAGCGUUCUGAGAAUGUGAGCAGAGACAAAAGGUUUAAGAGAGAAUUCUCCCAGAACAAAGUGGCAAGUAACCUCCUCCCUGUGAAGUUUAAAGCCGAGAUGCUCUCUGAAGAGUACCUGUCUGACCACCUGGGAAUUGGGAAAAGGCUUCAGCCUGCUUCCCCUCAGAGCAUCAGCAGCGAUGACUCCUUUGAACAGAGCAUACAAGCUGAAAUAGUGCAGUUCUUGAAUGAGAAGAAGCAGCAAGAAAUCAGUAAAUGUGUUACCGAGGAGGAUAAAAAAGAUUCCCGGGUGAGGUCUGUCCUGAAAUGCAGCAAAGAAGCAACAAACAGAACAAACUGUAGUGCUAUAAAGCAGGGUUGUAAUGCACUGCUCCUGAGACACCAUCCCAAGCUGCAGAAAUCCAGCACCCAGUCCAAGUGUUUGCAAUCAAAUAUCCAAGCAGAGCCCAGUGAUUUCAGCCAGGUGAACCAAGCAUAUCUAGAAAUGGCCACUGCCAGCCAGCCUUGGCUCGUGGAGCAGAAAGAGGGAAGUGGAGCUCAUUACUGGGAGCCAAGGGAAGCACUGAUCAAGGAGAGCAUGCACACGUCUGACUCGAGCAGCGAUGAUGGCAUCGAAGAAGCCAUUCAGCUUUACCAGCUGGAGAAAAUCAGGAAAGAGGCAGGUCGUGGAGCAAACUGUGUCCCUUUGCAGAAGGAACAAUUUGAUCCAAAGGGUAUGGCAGACAUUUCUGCCAGCCUGACAAUUAGCGCCACAAAAAGUGCCUCACCAGAAAUCCAUAAAAGCCCUAUAAGCAACAAGAGAAAAGAAAUUAAUUCCAAGUCAACGGGAUUAGAAAGCACCAGCAAUGACUUUAAUAAGCUGUUUAAACCACUGCAAAAAGCCAGACAUUUUGCACUUCCAGAAAACAAGAUUGCUGCUUGUGAGCUCACAUUGCAGGCCUCUUGCAGAGCAGACACAUCUGCAGAGCUCAUGUGUGCAGAAGCUAUCCUGGAUAUUUCCAAAACAAUCAUGCCAUCCCAAAUGGGAAGUGACAACAAAUCCCUCACUGCAGACUCCUUCUUUUCUCCCCAGCUUCUCUCGUCCUCCCGUUGUGAAAGUGACAGCAGCCAUGUGGACAGUGAUGACAGCAUAGAGCAAGAAAUCAGGGCUUUUUUGGCUCUGAAAGCACAGUCAGAAAACCUUGGAACAAAACCUCCCAGCCUGUCACGCUCCAUCCAGAUGCCUUUGCCUUCUGAUCCAAACAGCCUCACCGGGACCCUUGAGCCUGCUCUGCCCAAAACACUGAAAUUAUCCCUGAGUCGGAAAAGGAGACUUAAAAGGGAAGGCAGAACAGCAAAACAAGGAGGGUCAAAACUACCUGAACAGCUGGAGAUGGGACUUUUCCAGCCAGGUAACAAUUCCAGAUUCCCUGUGCUUCAAGAUGAGCGUGCCCUGAGCAACCCCACAGAACUCCGGGAUGCUCAGAGUAAUAAAGACCCGAGGCAGCAGCAGCUGAUGGCUCCCAAAUUGUCUGGCUCUGAUGGCAGCAGAUGUGUGGCUUUGCACUCUGUGAACCCUUUUCUGCAGGUUCAGAGUAGCACAAGAAAACCUACAAAAAACCCCAUCCAAACCCCAGAGAGGGAAGGGUCAGGUGAUGAGAGCAGCUCUCUGGACAGUGAUGAGGACCUGGACAGUGCUAUCAAGGACCUGUUACGGUCUAAAAGGAAGUUAAAGAAGAAAUCCAAGGAUCAGAAGGCUCAGUGCAAGAAGAAAGUCAGAUUCAGUGAGACAGAAACUCAGCUGCUGGAUGAGUUCAGUAGCCUCCAACAAAACGAGUGGAAAUGUAAAAAUCCCUCGCUGCUGAAAAGCUGCCUCUCAAAACCUAGGAAGGCUGUGAAGGAGAAUGCAGUCAGGAGCCCUCCAGACAACAUCAAACUUCCAAAUGACAAGCCAGAAACCAUGAAAAACCUGGAGUUUAACUUACAGCUUAAAAAAGGCAAUAAACCUAAACCAGUUUCAAACCAGCGGGGGGCUAAGAAUAGAAAAUGUGCUUUCCCAGCUGUGUCAGAUGCCAGUGACAGCAGCUCAGUGGACAGCGAUGACAGCAUCGAGCAGGAAAUCAGGAGGUUUUUGGCAGAAAAGGCUAAAGACUCUGCAAGCAAUUCAGUGAUGCAAAAAGGUGAUGCAAGUCUGGACCUAUUCAGAGCGACCAAACAAACUGGUAAUAAAGGAAGAGCAAAGCAGCAGCUGGUGGAAAACGAGAUUGACCUCGUGCUGGGUCAGAGUAAAAAGACUGAAGUAGCUCAGCAAACUGAGGAGGUGAAGAACUCUCAGAGAACAGAAGGGAAAAGUGCAAUGUUAGCUGGCAGUGGAAAAUGUGCUGCCUCUGCAGAGAAUGUUUCUACUACUGGUCAGUCAAAAGCUAAGCAAGGACUGGGGGGGGUCAAAGGUGGUGGUGCUGGGGAGUUACCUGGGAAUGCAGCAGGUAAAAGGAAUGUCCGUAACACUGAGCCCCCAAAACCCAGCAGAAAUGAAGGGUGCAAAGUAAGAAGAGUCAUGAAUGCAAAGCCCAGAUCUAAAAGGAAGAAUACCUUCCAACUCAAAAUCUCAAGUAAAUUUAUUGCGGGUCUGAAAUACGCCCGGGACAGGAAGAAAUUGAUGCUUAUGAACAAAAAGCAAAAAGCAGAGUGUUUCCUCACCCAGAGCAGUGCCUUGGGAAUGGAGGCAGCUUCCCAGGACACAGAUGUACUUAACCCCUCUCCAAAAGGUGAAUUUAAUGGGGAAAUUACACCAGCGAUAAAAGCACCCAGUUCUUCUCAGAAACUCACUGUGGGAGGGGUGAAUCCCCAUGCAGCAGAAAGCUGUGCAGGAGCUGAGUGUCUCAAAGAGGCAGCUGAGGGUUGCAGGAAGGCUGAUGCUCCAGGGGAUCAGUCCCACUCCAACCUCCCCUCACAGGAGCAGAGUGUGGCAGCAGGAGAAGCUGAUAAGGUUUGCAGAGGAACCUCCAGAGCUGACAACACCCAGAUGUGGAUCAAAGAAGGAGAUACCCACCAAGGCAGCUGGGCUGACUCCUCUGCAGAUCCCCUACGCCCUGAGUGCAGUGUGGGAAAAGCAGAUAAAGUCAGCAGAGAGCCAGCUCAGCAGAGUGCUCAGGUGGGCAGUAAGGGAGGGAAUAACCAGCUGGACAAGAGGCCAGAUCCAUGUUUAGCUUGCCCAAGGCAGCAAUUCAAUGUGGCAGCAGCAGCAGUGCAUAAUAGAGGAGGAGCUUGUGCAGAUAGCAGUGUGCAGGUGUGCAUUAAGGAAGAAAAGGUUGAUAGACAGGAAGAAAUUCAGGUGUGCAGCUCCAAAGUAGAAGGAAAAACACCUGUCCUGCAGAACAGGGAAGCUGCUGGUGAGUUACACCAAGGGCAGGAAUUUUUAACCAAAACCUGUGCAAAAUUUACUGACCUACCUGCAAGGGACUGCCCAGGUUCCCUCUUGGAAAAAAAAGUUUCAAAUAUUGAUCUCAGCACUGCUCAAAGUCCUUUUGGAUAUCCAGAACCUCCUGCUAGCAGAUGAUUCCAAGUACAACUGCAGCCCCAGACAAGUGAAGGAGUGUGUUCAGAUUUUCCUGGAUUUCCCUGGAUUUCUGUACUGUCAGGCCUGCAGGGCUCAAACAAUUCCUCGUUGUUCUCAACUCCCUCAUUUUGAUGCCCUGCAGUUACCUAGAGAUGGCUUUUGGUUCCCUGAAUGAACUUCCUGGAACUGAGUGCCCUUAACUAUCCUUUUUCAGAAGUGGUUUUUAAAAUGUUACAUUUCUGUGAACUUUUCACUGACAAUUUUGGUGCAAUAAAGCAAAGCUGGGUUUGCUGUAGGAAGUCACAACACAAACGGAUUUUCUUCAGCCACGGAUAUUUUCAGCACUGUUCUUUCUUCAGGCUUUUUCUCUGCCUCCGUUUCCAGCGGACAGAAUAAAGCAAUUUUUCACUACUAUCUUUUUAUUUGUACUGAAUUUCAACGGGAUUGAAGUAGCACAUUGACAUCACACACACACAGAAAGUGCCCCCACGCUGGUUUCCAGCAAAUUCAAAAGGUGUAAAUUUGAGCUGUUGGCUCUUUCAUUUUCGUUUUUGUGUAGUCAAGUCCUUGGAGGAGUUCUCACAUCUUGUCCCUGUGAAUUGAUCUGAUAUUCUCUUUGUCUGCUCUUCUGCAGAACUUCUCUCAGCCAAGCCACCACUUAGCAUCACUUUGUUUCUCAGUCACUUCCGGAGUCUUCCUCCAGGCUGGCCUUAAACUUGCAAAAUGGAGCAAAAGCAGCCAAGACUGGAUCCAGAAUCCCAUGGUGUCCCUGAUGUGAUGCAGAAUGUGGGCAAAAUACGGUGUAGCAUAGAGUAGUAACUGUGGCAUGUAGAGAAAUAAACAUCCUUGGUGUGUUCAUGCUGUCCUGCAGCUGCGUUUGAAACAUGUUUCUAGUGCUCACUUGGCAUUUCUGACUGUCCAACCCCCUUUUUGUAGCCCUGGGGUUGGUUGGCCAGGUUGUUUAAAGGUCAGUGUGUUAGCUCAUCUCCAUUUUGUGGUAGGAUACCUUGGAAAAGUUGUUUUUCCUUAGCUCAGUGCCUGCACUCCCUCUCCACAGGUUUAUCUUUUGCUCUGCCUUGAUUCCGUUGCAGGAUUUGAGCCUUUUGUUUGGAAUAGGUCAAUAGGCUGGUAUUUUAAACUAGAAGUUUUCCAAGUACCUUGCUUUAAAAGGAUUAAACUGUACACUUAAUUUUCCUAGAGAUGUUGGAAGCACUCUGUACUGUUUGUAUAAGAAGCUGAAUGUUUCUCCUCAAAAGUUUUCAGUAAAUCCACAUUAAGAUUUCAAAGGUGUCUCGUGCCCCUGUUGCUGUGUCUGUGUCCUCAGUACCACUCGUGACCUGAUUCACU